UUAUGAUGAGAGGUUAGGUGUGUUAGCACCUGCAUAUUUAGCUGUGUGGAGUGUGUGUCUAUAUGUUUAAGGGGGUGGGGUGUUUCAGAGUGAGAAAGAGAGGGAGAGUCUCACUCCUUCAUCUCUAUCCAGCUCCGCUUCCAGCUGUUGCUGCAUUCCUGCACUCGUCGCACUCGGCUGAGGAGCUCUCUUCUCUUAACCUGACCUGAAACGGGAGAAAGAGUCUUUUCUCGACUUUUACAACUUUUCAUGCCCAGCGGGGAAUGUGUCUUCUGUCAGAGCAGAGGCUGCCGAAGGGGAACGUUUAAAGGAGUUUUGUUGGAAACCUUUUCUGUCCUGGACCGUCUGAGUCUUCUCCUGCAGGAUGACAGAAGUGGCCGGCCCGGUUUCAGCAAUAGAAUCUAAGAUGAGGUUUCAAUCCCAGUCGGAUCAAAUGUCUGCAGAUGAACCUAAGUCUCCACCCUUGGACUUAAUCGAUACGGGCAAAGGACUGAAGGUCCAGACUGCUGCUCCUCAUCUGGUCAGUCUGGGCAGUGGCAGGCUGAGUGUGGCCAUCACCUUGCUGCCCCUGAAAGAAGGGGUGACACGUAUAGGCAGAGAGGAUGCUCCAGUUCCUCAGGAUAUCACAGUGCAGGGGCCUGGAGUCGAAGCAGAGCACUGCCUCAUCUUCAAUGAAGGAGGUGUGGUGACCCUUGACCCCUGUGGUCACCUUUGCAGCCUGGAUGGAGUCCAAGUCACUGUACCCACACCUCUCACACAGGGAUAUUCCCUCUGUUUUGGUAAAUCCUGUUUCUUCCGGUUCAACCAUCCCGAGGAGGCCAGCAGAAUGAAGAGCAUGCUUCCACAGAAGAGCCCAGUGUCUGCUUUGGCCUACAAUACAGACUAUCUGAAGUUUAGCAGUGACUACAGUCAUGCAGUGGUGAGGGGUACGAAUAGUGCUAGGGGCAUGAGAUCAGCCUCUGAGCUGCGGGACUUGAUGGAUACCCUGCAGCGGAAGAAAGUUGCCCUGGAAAACAGUCUAAGGGCAAAUGGGAAUGCUAAUCCCUCCUACUUCAGCGUGACACAGUCUCCCCCCACCACACCUGUGUCCAGUCCAUCUACGUCUUUGAAUUCUUAUCAAGAGCAGACAAGGUCUUUUUAUAGUUCUGAACGUCCACCUAUUUCUUUGAAAUCUGGCUCCUCUCUCCCCCCUGGUCGGCGGUCCGACCCUUCGUUUUCUCACGCCUCCCGCUCCUCAGUUGGGCGCAGUCAGGACAGCGGCAGCCUCAGUGACGGACGACGACUGCACAACCAGGGUUCAUCCCCUCUACUGUCUGCUUGGAAUGGUGGAGGCUCCACCUCUUCAGUUACCAGUAGUGAUAGUUUCCUUCUCACGUAUCCUGCCUCUUCCUCUUCACCCUGCGCACCAUCGCCGGGGGGUGCAAUAAGCAUGCCAUCAAGCCCCCGUCUAGGCCGUCGCACCUGUGGAAACCAAGAGCCAUUGUCCAGCAACCGAACCAGGAAAUACUCGGCAGGUUCACUGAAUGGUAUGAUGACAGGGGGGCAUAGCCGUUCGCUGCCUCGCCUUUGUCCCUCCCCAUCUCCCAGAGGUGACAACAAUGGAGCGCUGACUUUGUCAACACUUCCUCCACGGCGAUUUGACAGUGCCAGUGGUUAUAAAUUUAGUAAGGACUUGUACAGCUAUGGUCAAAGUGCCAACAAUGAACUCAGCCAUAACUCCAGUGGUUCCAGCCAACAAACCUCCAGCAGGAAUCAAAUGCAGACCUCAUCUCAGGGUGAAGGUGUUGUCUCCAUUUCUCUCUCUUCUCCAAAAAGUUCUUGCUCCACCUGUCCGACCAUCUACCCCACUAAUGCCCCACCAGAUGUGACGAUUCCAUCCAAACCAGGAGGCUCUUCCUCUCCCCGCAUUGCCAAAAAGCUCAGCCUGACCUCCACCAGCUCCAUCAGCUCAACAAGCUCCACCCCUCCAGAAGCAGAGCGUGUGGCGAGCCACGGAGCCCUAACUGGAAAGGAGACAUACUUGGGAGAGAGGGAAAGACACGGGACAGAACACACCUUUGCCCCAGGGAUGGGACUCGGAGACAGAAGGUCCUCAUUUGGGAAGGCGGGGGUUGAACCAGGGUUUGGUCUCGGUGAGAGGAGGCAGUCAUUCGGAAAAGCCGGGGUGGCUCCCCCGGGGGGAUUCAGGGAAAGAAGAGGGAGUAUAAGCUCACUGAGUGGAAAGGAAGAGUUGACAGAUUACCACCAACGGCAAAAAGAAGAAAGACUUCGUGAACAGGAGGUAGAGAGACUGGAGAGGCAGCGACUGGAAACCAUCCUGUCUCUUUGUUCCGAGAUCGGCCAAGCUGAAAGGAAUGGGAGUGGACCUGCUCCGAAUUCCGCUUCAGCUGUCGCAGAUUUACAGAAGAUCAACCAGGAGCUUGAGAAACUCAAACUGAACGAUGACGACGACGACGACACACCUUCUGUGUUUUCAGACUUUUCAGCCAUCAAUGGCUCCGAGGGGACGGGUAACUUGACCUCCCCUGGAUCCGAAAAUGGUUUCUAUGAUGAUGCUUUCAAGGUACAGCAGAGGAGCAGCGGUGCACACAGAGACUACAGGGCUGAAUCACCUCCCGUCAGCCUUAGAGCCUUCGCUCCUUUACCUGCUCCACGUACAAAAAAGACCAGUAAGGCUCUAGAGAAUGGUACUCACAGCCAAGAAAAAGACUUGGCAUCUUCAGAGGUGGAAGUAAGGCAUGUGGAGGAGGAGAGGAUUCAGGUGCUAAACAAUAUCGAGGAGCUGGAGCAAAAAAUUAAAGAGCUGGACAACCAAAUGGAGGAAUCUGCCCGAGAGGUGGAGGUUGAACAAGCGCUGGUUGAGGCUGAGCAGGAGUCAGAAGAAGCUGCUCUACAUCAAGAAAAAGUAGCUUUAGAGGGACUCCACAACAAGAUGGAAGAUUUAGAGACAAAUUCCAAGCAGGAAAAAGAAAAGGCGUGCGAGUUGCUGCAGGCAGAAAGGGGCAGAAUAGAGAGGUUGGCUCAGAUUGUAUGUGAGCAGCGCUCUCAGCUGGACAGCUGCCCUGAAGCCACCAAGGAGCCCCUGCAGGAGCAGCUAGCCAGGGAUUGUGAAGUGCUUGACACUGAAACAAAGCGUUUUGAGGACCUGGAGUUUCAGCAUCUUGAAAAGGAGAGUAGGCAGGACGAGGAGAAAGAAACACACAUCCAACAGCUUCUCAAGGAGAUUGCAGACUACCAGCGCAGCUCUGUUACUCGCAAGGAACGACUGUUAACUCUGAAGAAGCAGGCUGCACAGAUUACCCAGCAGGCUCAGCGAGAGAAGGAGAGCUUUAUAAAGGAGAGGAGCAACCUUGAAUCUAUGCUGCAAAGAGAGAAAGAAAACCUGGUGUCACUUGAACGAAAGUAUGCUGACCUCACUGGGGGCCGAAGCUUCUCUCUGAGAGAGGGAUAUGUCACAGUCAGUGAAAUCAAUGAGCUUUACUCACAGCUUGGGCAGAAACCUAAACCCACUCUUGCCCCCUCUCUGGCCAAAACCCCUCCUGAGUCAGAGGUAGACCUUUCCCCUGAAGAGGCCACCCCCAUACUAAAGGAGGAUGAGCAUUUCCGGAUGCUGGAAGAAAGGAAGCGGUCCGACAAAGAAGCUGGCUCACAUCUCAGUGAUACUUUACCCAGAAAGAAACCGCCCCCAACUUUGAACUCUCAGUUCACAUGUGCUACACUUGGUCGCCCUUUCUCAACCAAAUCCCAUCAGCCCCUGGUGCAGAGUUCAAGUUGUGGCAGCAUUCUUCCUAGAAUCCUCUCUUUGUCCAAGGAAAGUGAAUCUAGACGUCUGCAUAAAGGUUCAGGUCAACCAAGCUCGCGGGCGGCUUCUCAAACGAACGUCUACCUUGAUGCGUUUGGGUACCGUGACAACCAGGCCUUUGAUACGAUGAGUGUGGACAGCAGUGACUCCUUAGAAACCAGCAUCUCUGCCUGCUCACCGGACAACGUUUCCAGUGCCAGUACGUCCAAUGUGGCAAAGUUAGAGGAGAUGGAGCGCCUGCUGAGAGAGGCUCAGGCAGAGAAAAACCGCCUCCUGGAGCACAAGGAGCAAGAAAUGGAAAUGAGAAAGCAGGCCCUGGAAGAGGAGAGGAGAAGAAGGGAGGAUUUAGAGAAAAGGCUGCAGGAGGAAACAAACCGGCGACAGAAACUCAUCGACCGGGAGGUGAAAAUGCGAGAGAAGCAGAGAGCACAGUCCCGGCCGCUCACUCGCUACCUGCCGGUGAGAAAGGACGACUUUGACUUACGGGCUCACAUCGAGUCGGCGGGCCACAGCACAGACACAUGCUUCCACCUGUCCAUCUCCGAAAAGACCUGCCGAGGGUACCUGAUCAAGAUGGGAGGCAAGAUCAAAACCUGGAAGAAGCGCUGGUUUGUCUUUGACCGAAACCGACGCACGCUCUCAUACUUUGCAGAUAAGCAUGAAGCCAAGUUGAAAGGAGUGAUUUACUUCCAGGCCAUUGAGGAAGUUUAUUAUGACCAUCUGAAGAAUGCACACAAGAGCCCAAACCCAACGCUGACCUUCAGUGUGAAGACCCACGAUAGAAUUUACUACAUGGUCGCUCCUUCGCCUGAGGCCAUGAGGAUCUGGAUGGACGUGAUAGUCACUGGAGCCGAAGGAUAUACGCAGUUCAUGGUGUAGUCAAGAAGGCGGGGGACAUAUUUAUUUUUUUAACUGUUUUUCCUUGAAGAAUGGAGAUUUUUUUAAAUCCUUUUUCAGGAAAAGAUCCCAAAAUCACACAAGGGUGAUGAAAAUUGACAUAUUUUUUUAUCUAUUCACAGAAAUGACAAAACCCUUUUUACUCGCUUUAUAACUGACUGAACAUUUUUACCCAUUCUCUACGGGUAACUACAUAAGCUUCCUCCUCAGGUGUGGAGUCUCAGUGCCGCACACAUUUUUAAGAAAAAAAAACAAACAUGAUUUUUUUUUUGUAAAAAAAUUAACAGAGUCUGACUGCUGUCUAUAAGACAAACUCUUAAAUUUAACCCUUCAUCUGCCUGCUCAACCAAACGGUAGAAAACAUAUUAAUAUGAUUGUGUGUUACUCCUCCAACGCAAUAAGCAGCAGGAAGAAAAUAAAAAAUAAAACUUGUUCGGGUCAUAUGUGAAACUAAAGCAGAUUCAUUAAAAGAUUAUUUAAGCAUUUUAUGCAAUCGUUAGCCUAGCGCCAAAGAAAUUGGCUCUAAGAAAUUUGUUUUUUUUAAAAACUUAAUUAAAAAAAAGUUUGUCAGUGAUUAAGGUUGUAUAGUUCAGAUAGAAAUAUGUUCCAAAAAGUGUAUUUUUAUCCUAAUUACUGUCAGUAACAUUGGUUAUUUUUUUUAAAGAAAUUGGAAAAACCAAAGACUAAAAGUUGAUGAGUUUAAGACAAAUAAAGAAGUUUUUGGCAAAGUUUUAAUGCUAAGUAUUAUGGCAUUCUCAGGUUGCAUGCUUGUCAUUCAUUAUAAGUUUGUGUUUGUUUCUCCUCACACACACACGUGCCUUUAUUUUUGUACAUAGUUUUGGUGCACAUGUAUUUGCUGUGUACUAAUAUUGUAGCUACAAGGUGCUAUUAUCUAUUAUUCCCAGAUAAAGCCUCAUAGAUUUUUUUUUUUUUUGUGAUUACUUUUUGUUUUUAUAACCUAAUGUACUUUAUAUCAUAAAACAUAGUGGCACAACACUUUUUUGUAAUUAUUUUGAAAUACUUCUUGCUAUGAUGAAAUAGCAAAUGAAAACAUAUAUUCUUGUUACAUUAUACUGUUUUUUACAGCUUUUUGAAUACAUCUAAAUGUCUUUAGGGCAACAAUGUUUUCAUAAAUAAGGUUAAGCUGUCAGGCACUCAAAUCUAUGGUACAUUUAUUUGCCUGCUGUUAAAACUGACUGAUUAUUAUGCUGCUUUUCCCCCAGCUGCCUUUAUAACAAGUCUAUUAUCACUAUAUUCAUCUUAAGUUGCUUUGAUCACCAGAGCUCCUGAUGCUCCACAUCACUUCAGAUAAGUUUGCUCUACUGAGAAGCACUUACAUGAUUACAAUUUGCUGAUGAAAGUGUAUAAAUAUGAAGUAACUACAUGCUUGGUAUGUGUGUUUUCUUAUGACGAGUCAAACAUGUAGUUAUUCUGUUCUUCCGAGAGGGCUUUUUUCUAUUUUGCUUUAUACUCUAAAGUUGUUUUUUUUGUACGAGGUUUGUUUCUAUGUUCUGUAUUUAUGUCAUUAUCAAUUUCGAUAUGUAAGUUUUGUAUAUCCAUAGAAUAAAUAAAUGCCAUAUUUCAUAUUUUA